AAAAUAAUAAAACCCGUGGGACCCACAUGUAAGUUGCACACAUAAAAUAAUAUAAAAAUGGUGGGACCCACGUGGGUCCCACCUGUCAUCGUCACUCCUCAUUUCCUCCUCUUCUCUCGGCAUCUUCAUCUCUAUCCCCUUUCCUCUAUCUCUUCUCUCUACAGCAGCGCCACCACCACGGACUCCGCCGCCGCUCCCGCCACCGCCACAUCCCUUGCCGGUGAUCCAGAUGAGGUUCCGCGGCGUGCAGGUGGAUCUCGUGUACGCCGGCGUGUGCCUCCCGUGGUGCCCGACAACCUGGAGUGGACCUCAGUGCGACCGGUCGGUGCUCCGCGGCCUUGACGACCUUGCCACGGCGCGCAGCCUCAACGGCAUCCGCGUGGCCGACGAGAUCCUGCGGCUUGUCCCGGAGACCGCCGUGUUCCGCACCAUGCUGCGGUGCGUGAAGCACUGGGCUAAGGCGCGGGGCGUCUACUCCAACGUCGCGGGCUUCCUCGGCGGCAUCGGCUGGGCUAUCCUCGUGGCGCGCAUGUGCCAGCUCUACCCCAACACAUCCCCAGCAUGCUGCUCCCGCGCUUCUUCCGCGGCUUUGCGCGGUGGAAGUGGCCCAGCCCGGUGAUGCUGCGCGCCAUCGAGCACGACGACGGCGAGCUCGGCCUCAGACGCCACCCUGCGCGUCAUCACCGAGCAGCUCGCCGUCGGCGACGACGUCUGCCAGGAGAUCGUCAAGGCCGACGCCAUGUGGGUGGUGAUUAGUUAAGUACUGCUUGGUCUUAAUGAUCGGUAACUGUAUGUGUUGCAGCUUGACUAACAAAUCACUGAGUCUGAGAAAUAAGAGUGGAAGUGUAGCUAGUUCGCCGCAAGCUCGUGUUUGUCCACUGAAGUAUUUGCAUCACUUGUGUAUUCCUUCGUGCGUGUGUGACCUCGCGUGUGUUUUGUUGUUUCUCUGGGCCAAAGCUCACAGGGCUGGGUGGAGUCGCGGUUGAGGCAGCUGUCGGCCAGGGUGGAGGCGGACACGUCCGGGAUGCUGCUCUGCCACCUUCACCCGCAAGCGUACGCCACCGAGCACCACAAGGAGCCGCGGCGGCAGGGGGAGCGGGAAGCUGUCUCCGCCGCGGCCGCCUCGACGCCAAGGAUCUCCGGGCGGCUCGCCGGCGCUGCACGGAUGGCCUUGAGGAGAGCAGCUAGCUCGCUCAGAUGGCCUUGAGGUGGUCGGCAGCGGCGGCGGCGGCGAUGUCCUUGCCGUCGGCGUCUCAGCGAGGGCGACGAUGUUGGGGGAGUCCAUGGCCACGACGUCCUCCGUGGUGAACCCAUCCUCGUUGCGGAGGAGCUCCUUGCUGCCGGCGGCGACCAUCCCCGGCGUAGGCGUGGCAGUGCACGGAGCAUGCGGCAGCGUCGACGGCGAGGUCCGCCUCCUGAGCGCCGUCAGCCUUCAGCCUUCCCGAGCCUUGGCACGGCGGACCUCACGUGGUCCUCUCCCACCGGGGACUGAGAGAGAGGAUAUAGAUAACUGAUAAGAGGGGAGAAAUAGGGUGACAGGUGGGGUCCACGUGGGUCCCACCAUUAUUUUUAUUAUUUUGUAUGUGCAACUGACAUGUGGGUCCCACGGGUUUGUUAUUUUUC